AUGAAUUUUAUUAUCAUUGACCAAACUAUCUUCCGACCACUUAUACAAUAUUCUAAUCAUUGGCAAAUGUGGAAGAAAUUAGUUAAACUUUCGUUUCUUUUAACCAUCAUAGUUUUGGCUUGUAAGAUAGCCCUUUCAUAUCAUGAAAGAGAAUCUUUCGGCCGCAACCUCAGCGGUCUUUCAUCAAAUCUAUUAACAUUAAAAGAUGAAUACAAUUUAAUAUCUACGCUUCAACAACGAUUCACACCUAAUCGUAAAUGUAAAAAUUUAGUGGACAACAAUGCUGAUAAUGAUGAAGAAAAAUUUAUUACCUAUCUUCCCCAUAGUGGAUUUCAUAAUCAGCGCAUCGCUUUAGAGAACGCAAUUUUUAUAGCAUGGUAUACAAAUCGUACAUUGAUUGUGCCACCGGUUAUACUCGGAAAAAAAAUCGCCUGGAUAAAAAAUCCAAAACUUUCCAACAAUCUUGCCAAAUUGAAUGCCACCAAAAAUCUCGACGAAUGUCACUCUUUCCCAGCGCGUUCGCUACGAUAUGAACGGUGCAUUAAAGGAUAUAAUGCUUAUACAUUGUUCCCAUGGGACAAAUUAAUGGAUCUGGGUUCCAUUCGAAAUCACAUCUCGAUAAUAAACCGACAAGAUUUCAAUCCUCAAGAUCUAUAUAAAUUAAUUAACAUCACGGAUCCCACAGAAGAAGUAUAUUAUGUGAAGGAAAAAUCCAGAUAUGAUAUUCAGUUUUAUGAUCAAGAUGGCGCAUUAAACCGAAAACAAAAUCCGAAAUUUGAACGUCAAUUACCGCUUUGUAGUUUACUAAAUCGUAAGGAGAAAUUAGUGCAUUUUCGCAGCAUAUUUAGUUCUAAUAGGAUAAAAACGAGUCUUUACGACAAUCAAAUAUUCAGAGAAAUGGUUAAGAAAAAAUUAGUGUUUAAUCAUCCCAUCUUAACAAAAGUGGUUAAAAGAAUCACGCGCAAAUUGGGUGGAUCGGAAAAAUACAUCGGACUACACUUACGCGUCGGAGAUAACGGGUACCUUGACUCUAAAGCAGAAUUAAUCCGAUCCAUGAUCAAAGCGAUUAAAAAUGAGGAAGGAAUCAAUCAAGAGAGUGACAAUUUUAAUGAGACGAAUAAUGACAAUGAUGGUGAUGAUGGUAUUAGAAAACCAACGCUAUCCAUUAAUUAUAUUGAAAAAUGCGCAAAUACUCGAUCCUUAUUUAUUGCUACCGAUGGAAAAGUAAGUGAUCCUGUAAUUCAACCAAUAUUUACAACAUUUCCUUGCACAUUUACAAUCAAGGAUUUCUCCGAUGAGAUUCAAUUAUUGAAGCAAGCAAAAAAUAAUGUGGACAAUUCAUCUUUAUAUGCAUACUUUUUACCAAUGGUGGAUCUGAUGGUUUCUGCACAUGGCAGUAAAUUCUUUGGAACUUACGGCUCAACAUUCUCCGCUUAUGCUCUGCGAUUACAUCAAGUGUGGAUUCCAGAUGGUACAGGAAAAAUGAUAUCGAUAAAUCAAGGAUAA